AUGGCGGACGUUGUCAUAGUGCGAUACUUGUUCACUUUUUUACUUAUAAAUGCUUGCCAUGCAGGCCUUCCAGGCUUGGACCACCUGGAGGAUGACGGAUCCCCAAGUACACAGGCAGAUAAUCACCUUCUAGGUGAUGACCAGUUUUCCAUUGACAAAAAUAUGGUACAGCAGCCAAGGAAAAGGUUUCAAAGAAGGUAUAAAUGUCACCAAUGUGAAUCACCUAACUGUGGAGAUGAAGAUGAGACAUUCACACACCAGAUCUGUGAUUCAGCACUUUACUGCUUCAAGUCCACUGUUCGGGCGGCAGAUGGAGCCCUACAGCAUUCUCGGGGAUGCUCCUCUAAAAGAGACCAUUAUCAAUUUACUUGUCUAAGUAGUCAGAACCCAAAUGGGCCGCACAAGCGUCACCUGACGCAGCUGAACAUCACGUGCUGCCAGGGCGACCUGUGCAACGCGGGCAGCUUCCCGGCGCUGAGGCGCGCGCCGCGGCCGGCCACGCGCGCGCUGGCGCCCUGGCUGGCCGCCGCGCUGGUGGCCGCGCUGCUGCUGGCCGCGCUGCUGCUGCUCUGGCGCAGGACGCACAGGUUGCGUGCGUCGCGCGCCGCGCAGAAGCUGGGCGCGGACUCCAACUACUUCUCGUCCACGCUGUACUCCCCGCACCUCACCAGCGCAUACUAUGAAGGUGUGGGCGUGGAGUCGUCGCAGGCGGGCGGGGGCGGCGCCCUGCAGGCCGUGGCGGCCGGCGACUCCACGCUGCGCGAGUACCUGGAGUGCUCCGUGACCAGCGGCUCGGGCUCCGGCCUGCCGCUCAUGGUGCAGCGCACGCUCGCCAAGCAGGUGUCGCUCAUCGAGCGCAUCGGCAAGGGUCGUUAUGGAGAAGUAUGGCGAGGCUCGUGGUACGCGGACAGCGUGGCGGUGAAGAUAUUCUUCUCCCGCGACGAGGCGAGCUGGAGGCGGGAGACGGAGAUAUACAGUACGGUGCUGCUCCGCCACGACAACAUCCUGGCGUACAUCGGCAGCGACAUGACCAGCAGGAACAGCUGCACCCAGUUAUGGCUGAUAACCCACUUUCACCCGCUGGGCUCUCUGUACGAGCACCUCAGCAGGACGACGCUCACCAGACACCAGAUGAUGCUGAUUUGCUUAUCCACUGUGAACGGACUGCUGCAUCUACAUACAGACAUACACGGGACACAGGGUAAACCAGCAAUAGCUCACCGAGACAUCAAAUCAAAGAACAUCCUAGUGAAAGUGAACGGAGAGUGUUGUAUCGCAGACUUGGGCCUGGCAGUGACUCGACAGCAUGUGGCCAGCAACCAGAUGCAGAACCCGAGACAGGGCACCAAGAGGUACAUGAGCCCGGAGGUUUUGGACCAGAGUAUGAACCUUCAAUGCUUCGAGGCGUACCGCAAGUGUGAUAUCUACGCCUUUGCCCUGGUGCUGUGGGAGGUUUGCAGGAGGGUGAGUCCGGCCAGGGAGCACCGACCACCCUUUAGCGAGCUGGCCCCCUCCGAUCCCAGCUUUGAUGAUAUGAGGAAGAUCGUCUGCACUGAUAAUGCAAGGCCCCCACCACCAGAUGAUCCCCACCCUACAAUGGUGGGCAUGGCAAAUCUGAUGCGAGAAUGUUGGCACCAAAACGCCUCAGUUCGGUUACCGGCUCUCAGGAUCAAGAAAACACUCCUCAAGCUGGCUGCCAACGACAACUCCAUACGACUCAAUGAAGACAAUGAAGUGUAUGUG